AUGCCAGAUACAGUUCGCGCUACAUGCCCGCCCGAAUCGGGAGCACGUACUGCAGACGGGAGCCCAACGCGUAUAGCCACAGACUUGAACACCGGCUUUGUCAGUAACUAUGAGCAUUCCAAGAGUCCCUGUCAUCAACCGGAGCUCCUCCAGCUGCAUGGAACUUUCUUCGCGCCCUGGUGUGAACGGGUAACGGUCAAUCCUGUGCCAGUAUUUUCAGCACAGAAAGUUGGGGGAGGCUCCGGAAAUGUCGAGCUUCGUGUACCUUCCACGAUAUACUGGAGCGAGCCAUGGGCAUAUUAUAGCGCUUCAAAGACCGACGAUGAUUGGAGUCUCAAGAGUGACGUGGUCUUCUGGCGUGGUGCGAACAGCGGCGGUAAAAUCAAUGAGAGCAACUGGCGCGGCUUCCAUCGACAUCGUUUCGUGGCUAUGAUGGAUGCUGACAAUAUUCUUGAGAUAGAGGAGUCCGGCGAAAGCUCUGUGUCCUGGGCGAUGCCAGAAUCCAUGCUUCAGUUCCUACGCAAGCACGGUGAUUGUCACAUGCUGUCGGAAUUCGUCGGCAAGCAUCUGGAUGUUGGCUUCUAUGCUUUCAGCUGCGAGGAUGGGAGUAUCCUUGAUGAGGCCGAGCACGACCCAGACAGUUGCAUGGGUCAGCUUGAAGCAACCUUUCGCCUACUCGACUGGGUCCCUCCUUCACAGGUGUAG